AUUUGUAUUGUCAUACAAUACAUCCCAGUAUUGUAGAGCAUAUGCAAUGCAGAGGGAAAUGGCGUUACAUCACCGACAUUCUAUACAAACAGAUCACGUAACACAUACACAAGCAAAGUACUGUCAGUGGUACAAAGCAUGUAUCUAUAGAGGUUCACAGUAAAACAUGUUUUCAUUCCAUGCAUUUUUGGCCAGAAAAAAGGAUUAAGCCCUGCAAUAAUUUAAACAAUGCAACCAGCACUAAUCCUCGCAAUAAGUCUCAGUUACUCUCAUUAGGCUAUUCAAUAUCAAGGAAUCCAUAUCAUAUCUCAUAGUAUAUGCCUAAUAACAUAAUGAAUACACAACAAAUGUAACUGCAACUAUAGGCCUACUACCUCAAACAAAACUUUAUCCUUGAAGAAAAAAAGUUUUCGCCACAAACUGAACACCCAAAAUAUGAGAACGCCCACACAAUUAUUGUAAAUCUGAAUAACAUUCAAUGUCUGAAAAAGCAAUGGAAAUACAUUAAAUACAAAAACAAUUUACUCCAAAUAAAUAGACGAAGAUAUUUAACCGUAUUCAACUGGAUAUUUCACAAAAGCAUUUGAAUCAUGCAUCACUCGUAUGAUCUGCAGUCAUGAUAUUCAUAUAUUGGUUUAAAACAUUAUCGUAUUAAUUUGAGAAAAUCUAUAUAUGCCUUACAGUUCCAUUGAAAAUCUCGGCCAGUGCCCAUUCCCUCUCCGUUUUCCAUGCCGCACUCGGGCUCUCACGUUUCAGAGGUGCCGCAGCAGAACUCGCACUUCUCUAGAAAGAGGUAGUGUUUGUUGAGCCUCUCCAACGUCCAAUGAAAGGGCUGUUGCCAGUAGCAACCACGUCCAUCAGCCAUUUCUGUCCAAUGAACGGCAGGACGAGGCGGAGUGCAGGUGCGCGCCGCUGUGUCCACUUGGCAGAGUGCCUGGGAGACGCCUGUGGCAAAACAGUAACUGUCAAAUGCAAGGUUCCUUUAAUAAGAGCGAUCAGUCCGGCUCCGAGAGUCAUGGCGACCACAGCGUCUAAUCAUUAUAAUAUCCUCACCUCCAGCGCAUCCAUUGUGCACUCGGAGCCCGGGAGCAUGCAGCAAGCAUCGGCGUACAGGGACGCGCAGACCCUGUUGCAGAGUGACUACUCAUUGCAGAGCAACAGUCACCCGCUCAGCCACGCGCACCAGUGGAUAACGGCACUGUCGCACGGAGAGGGAGCUCCGUGGUCAACCAGUCCUCUCGGCGAGCAGGAUAUCAAACCUGCGGUGCAGGGCACCAGAGACGAGAUGCACAGCUCCAAUAACCUGCAGCACCAGCACCAGCCGCGACCGCCCCACCUGGUGCACCAGUCGCAUGGGAACCACCACGACGCCCGAGCGUGGAGAACUACCGCAGCCCACAUACCCAGCAUGGCAACAUCCAAUGGCCAGAGCCUUAUUUAUUCACAGCCCGGAUUCAGCGUCAACGGCCUGAUCCCAGGCAGCGGGCAGGGAAUGCACCACCACAACCUAAGAGACGCACACGAAGACCACCACAGCCCGCAUCUCAGCGACCACGGCCACCAGGCGUCCCAGCACCAGCAACAGAGUCACCACGACCAUUCGGACGAGGAUACACCGACCUCGGACGACUUGGAGCAGUUCGCCAAGCAGUUUAAGCAGCGGAGGAUCAAGCUGGGCUUCACUCAGGCUGACGUCGGACUCGCCUUGGGAACGCUGUAUGGAAAUGUGUUUUCCCAAACCACUAUUUGCAGGUUCGAGGCCCUGCAGCUCAGUUUCAAAAACAUGUGUAAGCUCAAGCCUUUGUUGAACAAGUGGUUGGAAGAAGCGGAUUCCACCUCGGGCAGCCCAACCAGCUUGGACAAAAUCGCUGCACAAGGGAGGAAAAGGAAAAAACGGACCUCUAUCGAGGUAAGCGUAAAAGGGGCUUUGGAGACCCAUUUCUUGAAGUGUCCUAAACCCGCAGCUGCGGAAAUUACUUCCCUGGCGGACGGUCUACAGCUGGAGAAAGAGGUGGUGAGGGUUUGGUUUUGUAACAGGAGACAAAAAGAGAAACGGAUGACUCCUCCCGGUGGACCGCUUCCUGGAACCGAGGAUGUGUACGGGGACACACCGCCACAUCAUGGAGUCCAAACACCGGUUCAAUGAACAAUAACGGACCAAUCUUUCGCUAUUUGACUUUUCCUGAUUUAAUUUAUCCUGAAAAGUAUAUAUAAUUCACUGGACUAUGAGCGAUAGUGGGUGUUUUAUGUAUAAUAGCCUGGCCUAUGGCAGUGAGUAGGCUACUUACACAAUAUCUACAUUGAAUACCAUUGAAAACCCGAAUAUCAUUAGCGAUGGAGUGGAAAAUGUUUUCUUCAAGAGCUAAGAGAACAUAUGUUCGAGGAUAUGCCUAGCACUGUGACUCGACGCAGUUUCAAGGUGUAGCCCUAUUGUGAAAAAUACUUGGCGUAAAGGGAAUUAUGGUUUAAAACUAGCCUCGAGAUUCUUAGCUAAAAUGGUUUACAUUCUCGACUUUUCUAGUCUAUUCAACACAUGGCGCUGCGUAUACAUCAUUGUUUUGUACUGGACGUGUGCGUCCGACAAGAAAAGUCAUGAGAGCUGCAUUCUAUAAAUAUAGCCUAAACGCCAUUUCUCUGUCCCAGACAAGCAGCUGGGGUUGAGCAUCGCCUGAGCAAUGUGUGAGGGUUGAUCAUCUGUCAGUCAUCUUUUUCUAGUUAGUUUUGACGUUCAACAUUGCUUUGAGGCGUUUAGGCAAAUUAUUAUGGGCGAAAGCUUUAUUAUUUUGCCUGUUACCUGUUAUAUCCCUAUUAUUAUUAUCAUUAUUAUUAUUAUUAUUAUUAUUAUUAUUAUUAUUAUCAUUAUUAUUAUUUUUAUUAUUAUUAUUAUUAUUAUUAUUAUUAUUAUUAUUGUCCAGUGCAGUUCGAAUAAUUGAAUAAUUGAUACCACAUAUGUCGUAUGGUUUUGAUAUUUCGUUUGGACGCACACAAGAACACAUCAUCCUCCUUGUUCUCUCAAUGAUAUCAGCACGUGCGGUUCUAAACACAAAAGGCUGCCAACACUGAGCUCCGCUCCACGCCACGCGGCCAGCAGCUAGCAGUCAGGUCACGGAAGGGCUACGUGGCGAUGGAAACCUGGCACUUUUCUAGAGCAAGAUAUAUCACCAAGUUUCACAGAACAUUGUGAUCAAUUUUGUAAAUAUUGUAUAACUUAACAGUCAUGGCUUAGUUCCUUCUCACUGGGGCACUUUUUUUCUUUCGGUGUUUUCAAAACAAAAACAGGUUUUAGCUGUUUAUUUUUUUAUUCGAAAAUGGUUUUGACACAAUUUUAGGUUUCAAUAGCCUACCUUGUAUUUUUAUUUAAAGUUCUUUGUAGCUGAAAUUAUGCUUGUUGUUUGCAGUGUAAUGUGUUUGAGACGCAUUUUAUGUUAAAAUCAGAGGCAUUUCAUUGAUGUGAAUUCAAUUGGAUUGACAGAAUUUACUUCACAUGUCCUGUCAUUGGCUUUCAGUAAUGUCCACCUGACAUUAUAUUUUUUAGUCAAAUAUAUGCUUUAAGUAAUUAUGUUCUAAUUGAUUGGCAACUAAAUAAUGAAUCAGCCCACAGAUUGACAAAGGAAGGCGAUAUGCUCGCUGAAAUAUAUUUUAUUUAAAAGAUGUAUAAUUCCUUUACAAAAGGAAAUAGAUAUUUAAGUAGCCUACAUUUUAUAUCAACUUUAAAAACAACGUAGGCGUUUUGUCAAAAACAAGUCACCUGGCAUCACAUAAUAAUAAUAAUAAUAAUAAUAAUAAUAAUAAUACAUAUUUUAUUAUUUAUCAUAGGUGAGGAUUUUAUUUGAUCCUUGCCGUCUUUCAGACAUGUUGAUUUUCUUUUGUUUUGGUAUCAUUGCGAUUUGGGAAGAAUUGUCAAAUAUUUUAAUUUUAUUAUUUUGUUAUUGAGAUUGUAAUUUAUUCUAUAAUGACUUUUAUAGAUGACACAAAGUACAAUAGAUAUAUAAAUGGCAUCGAAAAGGCUUAUGGAAUAUAGGCUAGUCAUAAGGGGGGAGAGAUAGUAUUUUUUAUUUCAGCGGGAUUGCCAUAGCCUGUACAUGUUUUCUGAUAACCAUAUGGCUUGUUCUCCGUAGCUUUGUUUUAUUUUAUGCAAAUUAUAUCCAGGGACUUGUGUUCUUCUCAUUUGGAAGCAGCUUGCCUAAUCUUACUUUAUCGCUAAAAGAAAAAGGGUCAUGACAUUGAUCAUAUUUCUUCUGUAGCUUGAAUUAAUCGACCCAUCUUACAAUUCUCUGAAAAUCAAACUGUGGGAUGUACAAAUUCGAUUUUUGGUUUUUGUUUUGUUCGUUUUUUUGUUUUUCCACGUUUGUCACAUUCACUUUUAAUUGAUCUGGAUAAACCUGGGGGUUAAACACGCAGAGGUGGUGAUAUACAUAUGUUUAGGUCAUAUUUCAUCACUUGAUAUGACAUGAACAAAGACUUGCACAUUUUUAAAUAAUGGGGUUGAUAUUAAAAAGCUUUUUUCAA